AUGCCUUCAUCUGAUCCUAUCGAUACCAUCGUCGACCAGAUCGACUCUUUGACCGUUAGAGCUUCAGAUGCAAACAGUGCAAACACUCCUCCCUCUCCUCACCAUCCUACUACUUCUUCUCCUGAUCCUAAGGAGCAAGACUCAACACCAGCAACGCAAGCCAACAGCCAUGGAGCUGCUACUGAAGCUGGUGAUGCCCCCAAGAAAAAGAAGAAAAGGAGAAAGGGGGGCAAAGGAAAGACUCUCCCUAGUGGCUUUGAGGAGAACUUUGUUGAAGCUCCCUUGACAGCCGAAGAAUAUAACAAGGACAAGGAGCUCUACAGUGCCAAAAAGACAGUUGCUGAACGUAUUGAGACUGCUGUUCAAAAAUACAAGGCGAAAAGAAAGCUUGAUCCACUUCGUCACCAGCUCUUAGAAGCUUACUACCACUUGGGCGGUAUUAAGACUGGGGCUAAGAUGUUUGGAGGUCUGGAUCAGAAAUUUAUCAAGGAGAAUGACACCGAAGAAAUCGCAAGGUUCAAGGCGACCGAUUACGUUCCUGAAUCCAUGAAAAACAUUGGUAUCCAGCGAGUUGAAGAGCUGGAUGAUGACUACGAGGAUCCUGAAUACACCGUAGACUUUGACUACGUUGUUCGAGCCUUUGUGACUCACAAAAUCCCAUUUGACUUUGGCAUGAAGUCUCCUGAGCAAAUCGAGAAGGCCGUCAAUACAAUCAAAAAUUUUCUCAACUAUAUUCUUUAUCAUAAUGUUUGCCCUGAGUACACGGACAACAUUAAACAGGCCGUUAAGACCUGCGACAAGGCGAAUGAAGAACUACCAAUCUGCGCUGCCCUCUCGGAUAAGUUUCCUGGAGACUUCAACAAAGCCUGUUCGACCUUGUUUGGUGGUUAUUGGAGUUAUAUGACUCCGCGAGAGUGGGAGAAAGUGGACGGGGAGCUAGACUUCAAAAAGCCAGAGCCUGGCUUGAGCAAGGAGAAGGCUUCGGAGAUAUAUCAUGCCCUUGUUUGCGAGCUACCUCACAUUACUUUCGACAUCAGCAAAACCCCCAGGGAGGUCUACAGAGAGUACGCUAGCUUGGAAGUUGUUUCAGUCUGGCUCCCGAAGCCAGGAAGCCCCCUCAAACUUGGAAGGAUUGUCUGUAAGUCAUGGACGCCCGAGGAGGCUCUACCAAUAACCUCAAAGUGGAGCGAACCCAACAAUUUGACUCUGUACUGCGAGAAGACCGUCGCGCAGUACGCCUAUCCAAAGAUGCACUUUGGUUGCACUGUCCAUGAGCUGGAUUAUGGUCUUGUUUACUUCGACGAGAUAUCCGGGGUUAUGUGUUCAAAUUUUCUGGAGAUUCGAGAUGAUAAAGAGUUGGAAGUUGACAGCGAUGAUUUUGAUUUUGAUUAA